GUCCGCGCCGAGUGGCUCGUCCGCUGCGCUCACUUCAUGUGCGAGGAGACUACGGGCUAGUUUUCUUUCUUUUUUUUCUAUGAGGAUUUCACCGCGUUCACGUGUUGGUUUUACGCCUCCUCGGGGUCGCUUUACGGACUCAGCCCCUCAGGGGGUCUCGUGCGCGUGGUAUCAUCAGUUGUUGACGUCGUGACAACUAGUUCAACUAACCGUGACACAGUAGCCUCGGGCUGUUUUCGACCUUAAAGUGGAAGUACUUCAUGGAAAUGCGAGGAAUUGACAACACGUUGCGUGUUUAUUUCCCAGUGAGCUCGUCUUAAGUGUACAGAACACAGUAGGAGACAUUAAAGCUUUUCAUUGGGUUGACUGUCACCACAUCAAUGAAUCUGCUUCAAAAACAGCUUUAACGCUCACAGCGAAGCCACUAACUACCUCCAACUACUCCACAACAUGUAUGCGCAAGAGAGGGAAACAAGUGGACUUCUCACAUCGUCGUGGAGGCUGUAAACAUGCAUGAAAUCAGUUGAGUGUGAUUCCAUGUUUCUCCAUGCCUUUGUUGGCAUCCAAUGGAAGAAAAAGCACCCACCAAGUCUGCCAUGGUAUCUAGACUGCCUAAGUUCGGUGGACGCUCCUCAACUGGUGGCGUUAGCCCUUUGACCAAUGGUUCUACACAGCCAACCACCCCUACCCAGGAUGGUAAGACCCCAGGAACACGCCAAAAUGGUGUGGUCCGUGCCUCUCCUUUUUCACUGAAAUGGAAGAGAGAUGAGGGGACGACCCCCUCGAGCCUCACCACCCCAGCCAGCCCUGGAGAUGGAGUUGAAGACAAGGCUCAGACACACCUUCCCUCCUUGGCAAAGGAGGUAAAGAAUGGCUCUCCGGCGACACCCAAGAUGCGGAGGUCAGGUGCUUUGAUGGUGGCCGUCUCCAGUCCCAAAGCCAUCCCAAAGCAAUCCUUGACGAUGAGUCCCAAAGUAGGGACCAAUCUAGGCCAAAGCCCACUGAACGGAGGUCCUAAAAUGGGCCAUAACGGUUCCAGCAUUCCUGCUCGAGCCGGGUCAGAGUCCCGCCUUGUGCGGCCAAGGUUUGACCCCAGCUCUCCCAGAAGUAGCUCUCAAGACAGCCUGUCCCAGUCCAGUGACAGCCUGAAGACCAUGGCACAGGACAACAUGGUGCGGUCGAACAGCUUCACUCACUUUAAGCAGAUCCCCUCGCCCACCAACCAGCCCAUGACACGGUCCUUCUCUUUUAACCGAGCUGUGGAGCUAGCCAAGCCUCUCGCAAACACUCAGCUCCGGCCUCCUCGCAGUAGUUACCUAAAACCCCCUCAGCUGAGCAAUGGUAGAGUGGGUUUAGGACUUGGAGGCCUGAAUGGCAGCCUUGGAUGUUCAGGAAGUCUUGGUGGAGGACUUCAGUACAGUAGACCGCCUUCAGCUGCCUCCUCUCUGCCCACCCUCUCGAUCCCUCCAGCACCCAACACUCCCAACGCUUUGAGGAAGCCACUGCUCCCCAGUUGUGUCCUGACCAAAUCACUGGGAAGCAGUGGGGGGGCUUUGGGCUUCAGGCUGGCUCGAUCUGGGCAGGCCAAGCUUCAGAAUAAUCUUUUUCCAGGAAGGGUCAAGGUGGAUAUCAGACCUUCAGCUGCCGUUGAAUGUGCCGGGCUAUUAGGGAUAGCAAUAGACAUUGAGCGGACUGGUGAGGGUGACAAAGCAGACUUACAGAGUGACAGUGAUGGAAGCUCUGGAGCAGGAAAAGGAGUCGGGAGUGGUGGGCUUAGGAAGAGCUCUGGCCAGACAGCAGGCGAGACUCUGGAGGACAUGUCCUUAUCUUCUACUUCCUCUCUAGACAGAGGCGACACCAGUGAAGAGUUUCUUGAUGACUUUGACUGUGUGGGAGAUUUGUUCAAUGAUGAAGACCUGCCUGACAACAGAAAAGCUGCCAGGACUACUCAAACCCGCUUACACAGCUUUCUCAUUGAGACCCUUGACUGGGACUCUAUGGAUCUGGCAGGGCAUAAAGAAGAAAGCCCCAUGCAGGACUCCCAGGGACCACUGGUGUUGUCUUCAGACCAGAGUGAUGUCCUUCAGGCUUCAUCUGUGGAGCUGUCACCCUCCAACAGCUCUGGUGAAACCUACAUGUGGGAUGAGGAUGGUCUUGAGCCCCUUGGGGGGGCAAGGACGCAUCCCUGUGACAGCUAUGAGGAUUCAGAUCUCAACAGCAUGGAUAUCCUGAACAACCUGGACCCUCCGGGAAGCGGAGACUUGGAUGAUGAUGACCUCAUGCUUGAUGUGGACCUCCCAGAGGAUGGCUUGCAUGACGCUGACAGGAUGUCCCACUUGGAGCGAUCAGAGAGGGCUGGUCGGCAGGGGCAGCGGCGCAGACACCAUCGCUGGAAUGGACCCGAUCACUUCUACAAUGAUAGCAGGGCCCAUGUUGUCCAGCACUACGAUGGUCUCAAGGCUUCGAGGAUCUCUUCAACGCCUGUCCCAUCUGAAGGCCGGCAGGUUGGCUACAAGGCGAUGCUGGAUGAACUCACACUCAAGCACAUGACUCAGGACUGCAGCUUGCUUAAGAAUCAGCUGCUCAGGCUCAAAACAUUACUACAGCUCGAGGAUACCGAAUCUCCAGCAGAUGUUCCUGAAGAGGCUGAAGACAAUACCACUGCAUCACAGACGGAGGAGCUGAUUAAGGAAGUGCAGUUGCUCAGAGAGGAGCUGAGGAGUCGAGACAAAACCAUUGCUCAGCUCACGUUUCAGUGUCAACAGCUACAACAACAACAACAACAUCAGCGGGAACAAAUGCCUGCCCAAGGAUGGCCGGUCAGGUGCCAGUGCCACCACCAGAGGGCUCCCUCUUCACUACGACAGAGCGACGGACCGAUGGACAAGCGGAUGCAGCAUCACUACGACAAGGCCACCCAGACGUCCUGGAGACCACCUAGCCUUGCCCCUCAAGUACUACAGCCUUUCAACCCCUGCCUCAACGAGCACCUCCACCAGAGAAGACAAGUAAAAACUCCCCCCACCGAGGGCCACAGUGACCUCACGGGGUGUAGAUCGGCAGAAGGAACGCGCAUGGACAAUGAACGUCCUCUUGAAGACCUUAUGGCAGACGUGUCCGGGCCAGCAAACCCCGACAAUCGGAGUCAUCUCAGCACCCACCUGCGCCGCCCAGGCUCUGGGGCUCCUCAGGGGGUAACUGCCAGAGACGGUCCGACAUCAGCAGCUCAGUCUGCAGCACAGCAUGAACCGAAAGCCCCCGCUGUGAUCGCGCAGAGCUUUGUCACUCCUAAAUCUGCCGGUUCGACUAGCCCUCGCAUGCUGCAGCCUCCGCGCCUCCACAAGCGCGUGUCUCUCACUUCACUCGAGACAGGGGGCACUGGCGGCUUCGCCUCUCUUAAGCCGGGGUGUUCCUUAAGGCCUCUGGCUAACCGGACCGAGCAGCUGCCCCCUCCGUCUAGAGGCCCUUCCUGCUUUAACACCGGGCCCCGGGUUCAGGCUCCGAGUCCAUCUCGCACUUCACUGCUUCAGCCUCGCAGAGCAUCACAGCCUAGCAGGGAUCUAUGGUGCUCCAAUUCAAACCCAGAGGAGCCUGAUCGGGGGACACUCGAAGACCCUGGGUCAGCUAAGAUCCUGAUCCCUUUGAGUCGCUCAUGCCUCCCCAAGCCAAAGAUUCCCUGAGGAGCUGAAAGCCAUCCAUCAAAACUUAAAACUGGAAUCACUCUGACAUGGAUUUUCAUCCCCCUCUCUCCUAUGCCAUAAUAACAGUGUGACUGUUUCACCUUUCGAGUGUCAAAGGAGCAAACACUGAGCUCCUUAAUCCACAUGGACCAUUCAGAGACUUUGGUAUUUUUGCCUGUUUCUAAAUUAGCAUCUUCAACUCCAGCCUGAAAUAUAGAAUGUAGCAAGAUCUAAUCUUCACAACCAUUCAUAGUUGUAUUUGACAGUUUUCCGAUUGAUGGGUAUAUAAGGAAGAUGAAACGUCAAGUUUACACGCCUUGCACAUGAAUGCUGCUGAUGCACAGAAAGAGUGUGUCCAUUCAGAGAAGUGAGCUUUCGUCUUGUAGUCGCCACUGGCUGUUAUCAAAUGUCAAAGUCUUGUUUCACUCGGCCUCGCACCGCCGUGCCCUCUGCCACGCCGGUGCGUUUGGUUUUAAACAUGGAGGUGAUGUGGAUGUGACCUGUGCAGUGUAAUAGAAGACCCAGGGGAAAUGGAGGCAAAAACAAAAGUAGGAAAGAAGGAAAACAAGAUCAAAAUAACAGCGGCGGUGUGUGUGUAUCAGAGUUCACUCCCACGCUGAAUAUAAGUCUUUGUGUAAGUGUGUGUGCAGUAUGGAAGUGGGAGAUGAGAGACAGGGGGGUGAGGUGCAUAACUGUUAGUUCAGUUUGCUCUAUACAUCCUGAUUGAACCUUUUAACCAGCACGUAUUAGCAAAAGGGAUCUCAGACCUAAUACCAUGCUGGUGAUGGGGAUAUGAUUAGAGAAACAGUGUGCAAGUGAGGAACUAGGACUCCUAAUAUAGCUGAAAAGAGCAGCGUAAAAAAGCAAUCACACGCUUAGUUCUGCACACUGUAGGCUCACUCGUAUCCAUCCACACACACACACACACACGCACGCACACCCACCCACACACACACUCUGAAAAGUGUCUGUUAUUUCAUGGCUACUUUGUGAGACAGACAAUAGCGAAGAGAGAACAGGAGGAAUGUAACAAAGAGAGGAGUAAUGGAGCUAAUAUCUUACAGUCUCAUUAUCUAUACAACACAAAACAUCUGCCCAUCAUGCGAGGAAAUGCCACUCGUCUCUAGUGUUAAUACAUUUUGUUUGUGAACGUGUUAAAAACUUCGAGUUAAAAACACGCACAAAUUAUGAUGUCUCCUUAAUUUGGUGUAAGACCAUUUGAGUCCAACUUUAUUAAAUAACAUGACUUCUUUGAACUGUCUCCCUCACUGACCCACGCAAAGAAACAUCAGCUAACGGGGACUCGUUAGAUGUGUGAAGCUGCUGCCUGGAGAGAGUGUGUGUGUCUGUGUGUGUGUGUGUGUGUGUUUAAGUGUUUGAGCAGUCCCCCCCCCCCCCACACACUUCUCUGCUCGUCUCGCUCUCUUGCACAUCUCUUUGGGAACAUCAAAGGUAUUAGUGCGUUAUUUUCAGGUAGGCAGCCUUUGGGCUUUAGUGGUGUUUCUUGUGGGAGCUUCUGAGAAUUGUGUUUAUCUUUCCUUUUGUGGAGCCCGUUUGCAGUCAAACGCUCCCGAAAUGUCCCCAACCGGAGAGCAGCAGUGUGUUAAAAAGGCCUUCUGACAGCAACUCUGCUCUCUUCUCCGUCACACCGCGUGACCGCUUGGUGUACGCCUCUGGCACCGUCCGGUCUACUGCGUCCAAUAAUGCACCCUACAUAGACGGAGUGAGACGGAGAGAGAGAGUGACACGCGGAAACAUCACACGCAUACACAUCCGGACACACAAGUUGCAUAGACGGCUCUGACAAAACUCAAAGGGACACAAAAC